AUGGGGAAGGAGCUUGGCUGCCCGCCAUAUACGGGGCGGCGCGUGAAACACACCGCACUUCAGGAAAACGGGUUCGUGGGUCGGGUACCGGAUUUCAGGCAGGCAGGGUUGGUCGUGAACUUUUCGAAUAAUCGGCUCGAGGGAGGCAUACCAGUUGGACUUGAGAAUCAGAAUGCAAGUUCAUUUUUAGGUAACAUCAAACUUUGUGGCAAGCCCUUGGGCCCAUGCAAAGAAAACGGCUCAAACAAGAACAAAAUCGCGUGUACCACAGCCGCCGUCGCAAUAGUCGCGUUUCUGCUCCUAGCGAUUCUCUUCCUCCGGCGAAAGCGCUCAAAACCCCUAAAAUACCAAAAAUCCCUAGAAAGCGCUCGCAGAAACGGCGGCGGCGUUGCAUCCGCCGGCCGGAAAUCCGGCGAGUACGGCAAGCUGUACUUCGUGCGGGGCGACAGGGAGAGGUUCUCCCUGGACGAGCUUCUGAAGGCGCCGGCCGAGAUUCUGGGAAGCGGGAGCUUCGGCUCGUCGUACAAGGCGACGCUUAGCGGCGGCCGGAGCUACGUCGUGCGGAGGUUCAGGCAGAUGGGAAACGCCGGGAAGGAUGAGUUUUACGGGCACAUGAGGCGGCUCGGGCGGCUGUCGCACCGGAAUCUGGUGCCGGUCGUGGGGUUUUAUUACAGGAAGGAGGAUAAGCUCCUGAUUGCUGAUUUCGUGGAGAAUGGGAGCUUGGCCAGUCACCUCCAUGGCAAAAGAACGCCCAACCAACCGGGCCUCGACUGGCCCACACGCCUGAAAAUCAUCAAGGGCAUUGCACGAGGCCUAAGCUACCUCUACAAUGAGCUCCCCCAUCUCACACUACCCCACGGCCAUCUCAAGUCGUCAAACAUCCUUCUCGAUCCCACAUACGAACCUCUCCUAUCCGACUACUCGCUCGCACCACUCAUCAAUAAGGACCACGCGCACCACUUCAUGGUGGCCCACAAAUCACCUGAGUCGAUGCAGCUCGACCUAGUCACCAGAAAGACCGAUGUAUGGAGUCUAGGGAUACUAAUACUCGAGCUCCUCACGGGCCGUUUUCCAGCAAACUACUUGAAACGGGGCCGUGGGCCCAGCUCCGAUCUUGCCACAUGGGUCGACUCGGUUUUGAGGGAAGAUUGGUCGGGCGAGGUAUUCGAUAGGGGCAUGAUGGGUAAUUUGGGAAGGAGUAAUAGUGAAGGUCAAAUGGUGAAGCUUUUGAAGAUUGGUAUGUGUUGUUGUGAGUGGGAUGUGGAGAAAAGGUGGGACUUGAGAGAGGCCGUCGAGAGGAUUGAGGAGUUGAAGGAAAUCGAUGGCGUUGAUGAUGAUGAUGAUGAUUAUUAUUUUUGUUAUUAUCCAUCUGAUUAUGUUUGCUGA